AUGCUUUCAGAUGUGCCCGAGCAUUCAAGACUAUUUUCGCUUAGGGGUGGAUGUUGGUUCUGGUUGUCACAGGGGUUGUCAUUGUGCUUUCUUUCUGCUUUCUCGACGAUAAAAAUGGCAGCCUUGGGACUGCCUGAGGGUGUUCCAAAGAUCCGGUAUUCUCCAUGUUGGAUUUGCUGGCAUGAAUCAAGAGGUCUAGUUACUCAACAACAGUGUCGAAAAUAUACUGAUGUUCGAGGUUAUCGCAAAAUGUUGCUUGAGCGACCAUGGAAGGCGCAUGUUUGA